CCCCCCCUCCCUCCUCCUCCUUACCCACUCUCUCUCACCCUAGAAAGGAGCAGCCGCAGCCGGCAAGCUGCCUGGCUCGGCUCGAUUUUGUUUUUGGAUUUUUUUACUGUUCUGCUCGCACCGUCAAUGCCUCCCGCCAUCGCGCGAUUCGUCGCGAUCGCGGCGGUGUUGCUGCUGUGUGGCCAUGUCGCGGUGGCGGCUGAGGACGGCGGUGUCGGUGCAAGGAGAGUGCUGCAUCAGCCGCUCUUCCCCAUUGAGUGGACUCCGCCACCGGCACCGCCGCCUCCGCCGGCCCCGGAUUUUACCUCCGACCCCAGCACCCCGCCCGCGCCUGACGCGCCUUCCGGCGACUUCUUCCCCCCGGCGCCGCCGACGACGACGACGCCGACGAGCCCCGGGACGAUUUCGUCCCCCACCACCGUGGCCGCCGAUGUCUCGAAAACUCCGUCCGGGUCCGGCUCGGGACACCGCGGAGGCGGUCCUACGAAGGCGACCAUAGUCGCUGCCGGGGCGGCCGCGGCUGCCGCCAUCGCGCUGCUGGGGUUCGCCUGCGCGUUCCUGAUCACCGGCCGCGCCCGCCGCCGCAGCGACUCGCAGAAGCUGCUCGGCCCCGACCGCGGGGCGGCCGCGCACCACCGCGCCCCCUCUGCGGCCGACUUCCUCUACGUCGGCACGGUGGAGCCCACCACCCCCGCGCGCCACCAUGGACCCACCACCGCCGAUCUCGUCGGGUCCCCGUACCGCAAGCUCCGCAUCGAGCGAGCGCGGCGCGGGGUGAGCCGCGACGAGGACACCGACCACCCGAGCCCGGAGCUCCGCCCGCUCCCGCCGCUGCGGCGCGCGACCACGCUGGGUUCCUCCGACGAGGAUGCGUACUACACGCCUCGGCAGCGGUCCGGGGGCUCCGGCGGGGGCGCCGCCGCCGAGGCCUGGAGCGAGGCGAGCGCGUCCAGCCCGCCCACCACCACCACGGCCUCACGCCGCAGCCUCCCCAGCAUGACGAGCGACUUCUUCCCCCCGGUUGCUGCCAUCACUGCGCCACCCUUGCCGCCUCCCGCGCGCUCCCGCCGCACGCCGCCGCGCACGCGCUUCUCCACGGGCUCCGCCCCCGACGUCAAACAGGCGAUUUCUCCAUCCCCGCGGCCGGUGCAACCCUCCAAUGCACCUCCCCCUCCCCCUCCCCCUCCGCCGCCACCUCCCCCACCACCGCCACCGCCAAAGUUGAAUACAGCUCCGAAACCUCCUCCACCACCACCCCCAGUGACGUCAAACAAUACUCUCCCAAAGACAGCGGGGCCGCCGCCGGCCGUGCCGACAUCAAGGCGCCGGUUGGUCAAGCCGUUGCCGCCCGAAGGGCCGCGCAUUGCCAUGCCGAUGCCGAUCACAGCGGCGACGACAGCGGAUAACAACGGGAGCACAUCAAUGCGGGAAGGGGACGACGCGGCCAACGGGGGCAGCGGCGAGCCGCGGCCGAAGCUGAAGCCGCUGCACUGGGACAAGGUGCGGGCGACCUCCGACCGCGCCAUGGUCUGGGACCAGCUGAAGUCAAGCUCAUUCCAGUUGGACGAGGACAUGAUCGAGGCGUUGUUCAUGAACAACUCGACGCCGGCCGCGCCGCCACGAGAGGUCGGGAGGAAACCCGGCGGCGUGCCGUCGUUCCGGCAGGAGGAGAGGGUGCUCGACCCCAAGAAAGCGCAGAACAUCGCCAUCCUGCUGCGCGCGUUGAAUGUUACGCGUGAGGAGGUCUCCGAUGCACUGUUGGAUGGCAGUGCUGAAUGCCUGGGGACUGAACUUUUGGAAACAUUAGUCAAGAUGGCUCCUACUAAAGAGGAAGAACUGAAACUACGAGACUACGAUGGUGACUUGUCGAAACUUGGUUCCGCGGAGCGCUUUCUAAAGGCCGUGUUGGAUAUACCUUUUGCCUUUAAGAGAGUUGAUGCAAUGCUAUACCGAGCCAAUUUUGAGACCGAGAUAAAUUACCUAAGAAAAUCUUUUGAAACCCUGGAGGCAGCUUGCGAAGAUCUUAGAGGCAGUAGGUUGUUCCUAAAACUCCUCGAAGCAGUUCUGAGAACCGGAAACCGGAUGAAUGUUGGAACAAACCGGGGUGAGGCUAAAGCCUUCAAGCUUGAUACUCUCCUGAAGCUCGCAGAUGUCAAGGGCACUGAUGGUAAAACCACGCUGCUCCAUUUUGUCGUCCAAGAAAUUAUUCGUUCGGAGGAUGCGAAAUCUGAAAAGGAAAGUGCAAUGAUUAGUAGCUCCAAAGAUGAGCAGUUCCGUAAGCAUGGGCUCAAAGUUGUAUCAGGGCUUAGCAGCGAGCUUGGCAACGUCAAGAGAGCAGCUACCAUGGACUUUGAUGUGCUGCAUGGUUAUGUCAAUAAGCUAGAAACAGGCCUUGAAAAAAUCAAGUCAGUCUUGCAGCUUGAGAAAAAAUGCACACAAGGCCAGAGGUUCUUUAUGUCAAUGCAAGACUUUCUGAAGGAAGCUGAAAGAGAGAUCGAGAGGGUCAAAGGUGAGGAGAAGAGAGCUUUGGGCAGAGUGAAGGACAUCACGGACUACUUCCAUGGUGACGCCGGGAAAGAGGAAGCCCACCCACUGAGGAUAUUCAUGGUGGUGAGGGACUUCCUGUCAACGUUGGAUCAAGUUUGCAGGGAGGUUGGUCGGAUGCAGCAGGACAGAACCGUCAUUGGUGGAUCGGCUAGGUCAUUCCGCAUCUCAGCAACAUCCUCAUUGCCAGUUCUAAGUCUGUAUGGACAACGGAGAGAAAACAACUCCGAUGAUGAUAGUUCAUCGUCAUAGGAACAAACUGAAUUUUGGAAUGAACAUAGAUGCACAAACUUAUACAGCUUAUAGCAGAUGCAGAAAAUGCUACUAUGAACAAUGACGAUGACAAAGGAAGCUCAUGUGUAAUGCGGGGAACACCGUGCUUAGGAGAGAUCAGGGGGGUAUACAUUUGGGUCAUGUGGAAAUUCUUUUGUACAAAAGAGGAAUAAUUAUAACAAGCUCUUUUUCCCUUUUUGUUGGGUAAUUUGCAAC